GUGAGUUGCACAGAACCAGAGACCAGUACAAGUCAGGACACCACUCUUGUUCUAAAUGUAAGUUUUUCUUCACUGUUGUUGAUAUACAUGUAUCCCUUUUUUCUGCCCAUGACUCUGUGAAAUACACUCUGAUACAUAUUAUGCCCAGACAAAUUAUUAACACCAAGUAUUUUUUAUAGGUGAGUUGCACAGAAUCAGAGACCAGUACAAAUCAGGACACCACUCUUGAUCUAAAUGUAAGUUUGUCUUUAUUGUGGUUGAUGUGCAUGUAUCCCUUCUUUUCUGCCAAUGACUGUGUGAAAUACACUCUAUGAUACAUAUUUUGCCCAGACAAAUUAUUAACACCAGGUAUCUUUUAUAGGUUAGUUGCACAGAAUCAGAGACCAGUACAAAUCAGGACACCACUCUUGAUCUAAAUGUAAGUUUUUCUUUACUGUUGUUGACGACUGUACAUGUAUCCCUUUUUUCUGCUGAUGACUCUGUGAAAUACACUCUGUGUUACAUAUCUUGCCCAGAUAAAUUAUUAACACAAGUUUUUUUUUUAGGUGGGUUGCACAGAACCAGGGACCAGUACAAGUCAGGACACCACUCUUGAUCUAAAUGUAAGUUUUUCCUCACAGUUGUUGAUGUACAUGUAUCCCUUUUUUCUGCCAAUGACUCUGUGAAAUACACCCUGUGAUACAUAUCUUGGCCAGAUAAAUUAUUAACACAAGUUUUUUUUUUUAGGUGAGUUGCACAGAACCAGGGACCAGUACAAGUCAGGACACCACUCCUGAUCUAAAUGUAAGUUGGUAGUCAUGUUCCAUGAAUGGCAUGACAGUAAACAUGUAGUCCUGACAGCAGUCUGGAACCACAUGCAAGCUAAAUUCAUGCAACGAAUGAUAACAAGCUAAUACAAAAUUAUAUCAAGGUGCAUGUUAUAACCUUUGGAGGUCUCCCUGAUUUACAUGUAAUAUUGAACUACAUGUACAUGCAUUUAGUUAAAAGACCUACUUUAGAACUUCAAUUUCACAACUCAUGGCAACUGGUAUUCAGAUCUUGUGUGACAAAAUGGCUAAUGUUAAUUUUUUAAAGGUACAACAUAAGUCUGUGCAAACCCUAACUGACUCGACACAAAGCAAACUACUACGAGAAACAGAGGUUCUGCAAGGGAAGCUUGCAACUACACGUCAGGCCCUCCAGAGACAGACUGCAAAAAAUAAAUACCUCAAGAAAAAAGGUAGUGUAAGAUAAGACUUGACAAGUGUAAUUCAUGACUUAUACCAUCAUAAUGCCUGCGCAGCAGUCAAUCAGAGCACCUGUACUAUUGUAACCAUAAUUAUAAUAAAAUAAUGUUCAGAACAAAUAGGUAGUGAGUAGUGAGUUUUUUCUGGCAUAUUUUUGGGGUCUAUUUAUGUUUUGAAGUAUUUUUCAGGGUUGAACAUUUUCAUGCCUUGGUAUUUUUAGGCCAUUUUUUCAGCUCUUGUGACAUGCAUUGCUAUCUUUUUCACCUAAAGUGCUUCUCUACUAACCCAACAUAACUAUUUUAUUUGUUUCCACUUUUAGUACAACAACUAUCAAAGAAACUGAAUGAAACUGAAGAGAGUGAAAGGAAAUUGAGUGCUGAAGAGCAGGAGGGGGAAGAGGAGGAAGAGGGGGAUCUAGAAGAGGAAGAAGAUCAAUACGCUGAUGAGGAAACCGAUACAGAAACAAUUGAAGAAGAACCUGAUUUUACUUCUGGAUCCAACUAUGAACCAGCCAGUGAGAGUGAGGAGGAUGGCGACGCUGGGGAUUCAGAUAUUGACGAAGUUUUUAAAUCGACCCGGUUAGAAGACAUAAUUUUUUUGCUAAGUGAUAGCUGACCACCAUUCCUUGAUAUUGAGAAUAACAAGCUUGUAUACAAGGGUCACCUAUUGACGAUUGUAGCUGAAGCCUUUAUAUUUGCUUUCAGAGUCAAAUCACCAAAAGAUGGCAACCUUAGGACCGAGCCGAAAUUCAUUGUCUUUCUAUCACAGCUGAUGUUGCUGUUCCAGUCGUGCCACGUUUGCAAGGGCAAGAAUCCACCAGAAGUUGAAGCUCAACAGAUUGGCACCAAAGCUGUCAUCACCACUGUCUGCACAAAUCCAGGAUGCUGUGCAGAAUCUACAUGGCACAGCCAGCCAAAUAUGCCAGGCACGAAACUUCCUGCUGGGAAUUUUCUUCUUUGCAUGUCCGUCCUGUUUGCUGGUGGUUCAAUAACAAAAAUAAGACAGAUCUUCAACCAUAUGGGUUUGGCAUGUGUAUCAGUGAACACCUUCUUCAAACAUCAAAGAGUGAGUUAAAAUUAACAUUUACCUUGUGUUGUGAUGUGCUGAAACCAAAAAAGAAUCAUUAUUCUUGGUUUGCAACCAUGUGACAAAGCUGCCAUGUUAGAUGACAAAACAAUAUAAUUUUUUUUACAGAAUUUGCAUGAAAAAAGAGUUUAGUUCCCAGGGAAGAGAUACAAUUUUGUUCUUGUAAUCCAGCAUGGCCGCCAUGAUGUCAGCUGCAAACCAGCAAUAACAUUAGUUUCGUCUCAAUUUGUAACAGAGCACCUGUUCAUUAGACAGGUCUGUAAUAAAAAAUAUUAGAUAAUUUUUUUAUAUUAGUAAACUCAAUUCCCUCUUUGUUCUGAAAAUAUUUGGUGUUUCAUUUUUUCAUACUUUUCAGAGUCAUCUGUUCCCUACUGUGCACCUCUUCUGGAAAGAUUAUCAAACCAGGCUACUGGCAAAGCUGAAGGAUCUUGGUACUGGCCUUGUACUUGCAGGCGAUGGGCGUCACGACAGUAUGGGGCACUGUGCCAAGUUUGGUGCAUACACCAUAUUAUGUUGUACAGCCAUUCCAUCCAUAAUCCAUUUUGCACUUGUACAGGUAUGCACAACAUGGAUGGCUACAAUAAUAUUAUCUUUUUGAGCAAAGCAAAAAAUUUCUGCUAGGUUUACAUUCUUUGGUCCACAGUAAAUUUCAAAGUAUUGUGCACACAUGCAAUUAUUGCAAAGUGGUUAAGGUAACUAAACCAAAUUAUGUUGAUAUUUUGCUUUUUCAGAGGAAUCAAGCUGGCAACAGCCCUGCAAUGGAGUUCAUGGGUUUUCAGCUGUGCAUGAACUUCCUUGCUGGAUGUGGCAUUGUAAUAACCACCUUUAUCUCAGACCGUCACACCCAGAUUGCAGCCUACUUCAAGACAGUCCUCAAACACAUCACACAAUACUUUGACCUCUGGCAUUUAAAGAAAAGUGAGAUUAAAACUUAGUCAUCUACCCUGACUCCAACAGCUCCCCAUUGUGUUUUGAGCAGCAACAUGUCUUACUUAGAAAUCUUGAGAAAACUUACAGAAAGCCUAUGGGUCAAGCCUCGAUGACAUUAGUUAGAAUUUUUAUUUAAUAAUCUAAUAACUUCUCCGUUGCUUUUACAUGUAUAACAGUUGUUGUCAUAAGCAGUUAUAACAUCUGUAUUUGAUUUAAUCAUUGAAGAUUAUACCCUUACAACAAUGCACAUGUCAUAUCCAGUUCACAUUAUUAUAGUACUGGGUUUGAGGUUUUAGCUAGAAAACAGCUAUGUAAGUAAUAAUAACAGUUGUAGGAGGCAAAAUAGGCUUUGGUUUGACCCUCUCUUCAAUAAAUCAAUAAUUUUUGUGUUUUUAUUAAUUUGUAAACAGAGAUCAAGAAACUAAUUUCAAAACUUGCAAAAGAGAAAGACAAUGAGCAGCUCAAGGAGUGGAUAAAGCCAUGCACAAACCAUCUUCACCGGAGUGCUACAACCACACCAAGUGGAAAUGGAAAAAUAAUCUGGGCUAAGUUUAAAUCAUUCCUAAGCCACAUUGUUAACAAACAUUCAGACUUAGACGAUCCUCUCUUUAAUAAAUGUGCCCAUGGAGAGAUUAAUGAUAGGACAUGGCUUCAGACAGGUGAGAAAAUCUCCCACUCUAACACUUGUGAUGGUCAGUUGUUUUCUAAUGUGGUUUUGAUUUAGACUACAAGUAGUCUUUCUUUUUUUAGCCUGCUAAGUGAAAUGCACAAGACACAAAAUGAUUUAGUGUGUGACUCAGCUUGAUGCUCAUACCUUUUCCUCAUUAAAUGUGAAGAAGAGAAAAAGGAAAGAAACUGCUCGCAGUCAAGUUUGAUUUCUUUCAUGUUGUUAAAUCAAUAUCCCUAUUUUAUAACUCAUUCUUUGCUUCUGUGAGAGUGUAGCAAAUUUUACUCAAAUACACACUGUUAUUAGUUCUGAUCAUUACUGUUUUUGUCUUCAACAGAUGACAAAGCCUAUGAAAGGUUAUGCAAAGUGCUGACAACUAACAGCCUGAAGAAGGGGAUUCAACAGGCAUCACCAAUCGACCAAACAGAUUGCUUGGAAGGGUUCCAUUCUGUACUAAAUCAGUUUGCCCCAAAGAUGAUUGCAUAUUCUUAUGUUGGGAUGCUUUGCAGGUAGUUGUAAUACAGGCAUAUCAAAGGGGAGGGCUGCGAUAGGUGUACUUCCUUCAGAAACAGCUUUAUCUCCUUUUCUUCGGAAUAUUUUUAUUAGUAUAAUCUGGACAGUUGCCAAUAAAAAUUAAUGUUGUUAUGGCAGUGCAUCCCACUAUGCAAAUAAUGGUACCCUACUGGCUGCGAACAUUUCAAGUACAAACAUUGUGUAAUUUUUUAAUCUGUUUUCCAGGCACAUUCUAGCGGCACUUCACUUUAACUACAAUUUACGUAGAGAAGCAAAGACGAAUCCAGAUGGGACAGAAAAAGUAAAAGUUAGCUACCCAAAAUACAAGAAUGGGGAAGCAACCGUCAGGAGUGUCAAGAUAGAACAGAAUUUUGGUUUGCUGAGUUUGUUUUAUUUAAAACAUGUAUCUUUUCCUGUGUUCACAAUCGCAGUGUAAACAUGAUUCAUCAAAACUUGAAUCCUUUCUAACUUGGAGCCACGGUAGCAACAACACGUACAAACAUUCAACCAGAAAAUUUAAGGUUGGCAAAGAAUAACCUGUUGACAGUCAAUAGAAUUUAAAAUUUGCCAAAAUAGCUGAGAUAAUUUUAGAAUCAUGUUUUGGUGCUAGUGUGAACACAGCUUUAGACAAACAAAGAUUGCUUUGCCUAUUUCUAUUCAUUGGUGCACUUUUUAAAUAAAGUUUAAUUAACUACAGCAGACAGAAAUAUUUGGCAUAUUUCGGUUUUUUUAGACUAUGUUGAGGAGCUCUACCAGUUUUAUCUAAAAUCCAGCAAGGAGGACCUGGCUAGUGCUGUGGAUGAGCUCAAGGAGAUGACCCCACAGCCAAUGCUGUCAAUGUUUGAAAAACAACCCAAGGAAGCUGCUAUCCAAAAGCGGAGCGAAAGGAGGAGAAUGGUAACAAAGGAGGUCCCUCCUACAGUGGAAGGUAAAUAAAUACAUUUGAUUAAAAAUUCACUUUUUUAGUGUACAUGUCCAAUUCUUGGUUAUACAAAGAGGAGUGAAUCGAACAACAGAGAAUACUAUUCACUGUAGUGCUUUCUAUUUCUAAGACCAGAAUGGCUGCCAUUUCAUUUGUUCCUGGUUUGCAAACCAGGAAUACAAUAAUAUUAUUCUUAUUCAUUCUGUUGGCUAAUAUGAGUUGAUUUUUCUGCUCUCAGCUCCUGUAGAACAACCCGAGGGAAGAACAGGGGCCCAGACAACAGCAAGAAAGGAAAGACGAUGCAGAACAUGCAAAGAACCCCUCAAAGGUCACAAGAAUGUGACCCAUUGCCCUAAAAACCAAAAGUAG